AUGCUUUUAUUAUUUGAGAUUGUUCCAAUUGAAUGGGAGGAAGUGAAUGUAACGCCGGUGAUAAAAGAUGGCAAAACUGCUAUUCCAGAUGAAGCUUUGCUAUCCAUAAAGAAAAAUACUGUAGCAUUAAAGGGACCUUUGGCUACUCCGAUUGGCAAGGGAUAUGUUUCUCUUAAUCUUACACUACGUCGUGCAUUCAAUCUUUUUGCUAAUGUUCGACCAUGUAAAUCAGUGGUUGGAUAUAAAACACCUUAUGAUAAUGUAGAUACUGUACUAAUUCGUGAAAAUACUGAAGGUGAAUAUUCUGGAAUUGAACAUAUUACGUAG